UAAAAAAGAAUGGGCGGCCCUGUCCUCUCCCCUCUCCUCGCCUCGCCUUCUCCGCCCUCCGCUCCAUUCGUUUCGAUCUAUUUCGGCCUCCUCUCCUCCAAGCUUCGGCCAUGGCCGCCACGAUCCAGUCCGUGAAGGCCCGCCAGAUCUUCGACAGCCGCGGCAACCCCACCGUCGAGGUUGAUGUGUGCUGCUCAGAUGGAACCUUCGCCAGGGCCGCUGUUCCCAGCGGUGCAUCAACUGGUGUUUAUGAAGCUUUGGAACUGAGGGAUGGUGGAUCUGACUACUUGGGAAAGGGUGUAUCCAAGGCUGUUGACAAUGUGAACUCGAUUAUCGCGCCAGCUUUGAUUGGCAAGGACCCUACAGCUCAAACUGAGCUCGACAACUAUAUGGUUCAGCAGCUUGAUGGAACCAAAAACGAAUGGGGUUGGUGCAAGCAGAAGCUUGGUGCUAAUGCAAUCUUGGCUGUGUCACUAGCUGUUUGCAAAGCUGGAGCCAGCGUCAAGAAGAUUCCGCUGUACCAGCACAUUGCCAACCUUGCUGGCAACAAGCAAUUGGUUUUGCCUGUUCCUGCAUUCAAUGUCAUCAAUGGUGGAUCCCAUGCUGGAAACAAGCUUGCUAUGCAGGAGUUCAUGAUCCUUCCUACUGGAGCUGCCUCAUUCAAGGAGGCAAUGAAGAUGGGCGUUGAAGUGUACCACAACUUGAAGUCUGUUAUCAAGAAGAAGUAUGGACAAGAUGCCACCAAUGUUGGAGAUGAAGGUGGUUUUGCUCCUAACAUUCAGGAGAACAAGGAGGGCCUUGAGCUCUUGAAGACUGCAAUUGAAAAGGCUGGAUACACCGGCAAGGUUGUCAUUGGAAUGGAUGUUGCUGCUUCAGAGUUCUACAAUGACAAGGACAAAACCUAUGACCUCAACUUCAAGGAAGAGAACAACGAUGGUUCCCAGAAGAUAUCUGGAGAUAGCCUGAAGAAUGUAUACAAGUCAUUCGUGAGCGAGUACCCCAUUGUGUCGAUUGAGGACCCAUUUGACCAGGAUGACUGGGUGCACUAUGCUAAGAUGACUGAAGAAUGUGGAGUGGAAGUUCAGAUUGUUGGUGAUGACCUUCUAGUCACCAACCCAACCAGAGUUGCAAAGGCAAUCAAGGAGAAGUCAUGCAAUGCUCUUCUGCUGAAGGUUAACCAAAUUGGAUCCGUCACUGAGAGUAUCGAGGCCGUGAAGAUGUCAAAACAUGCUGGUUGGGGUGUGAUGACCAGUCACAGGAGUGGUGAGACUGAGGACACAUUCAUUGCUGAUUUGGCUGUCGGUUUGUCCACGGGUCAGAUCAAGACUGGGGCUCCCUGCCGCUCAGAGCGGCUUGCCAAGUACAACCAGCUUCUGAGGAUCGAGGAGGAGCUGGGCGCUGCCGCUGUGUAUGCCGGCCUCAAGUUCCGCGCACCGGUGGAGCCAUACUAGAUGGGAUCUGCAUCUGAGACACCACCACUCUGCACUUGUUUUUGUGAAAGUGGGCGUGUCUUAACUCGCGGAAUGAACUAUGGUUGAAGCUCUUAGGACUUGUCGAGCAAUAAUGUACCGCAUGUUGCUGUGAACGGGACGGAUAUGUACCAAACUUGCUCCAAUUUUGGUCUUUGUGGUGAGCGAGCAAGUACGCCUGAUUACCUUUUGGAUCUGUAGUAAACUGUUUGGCUGUUGGCAUCGUAUUUGGCGUCACUUUAAUCUUGUUGCAGAAAGCA